AUAUAUUUUUAAAGAUGAACUGUCGUAUGCUAACGUGGCUAACUAAGGUUAACACGCAAGCACGUGGUAUUGUACCUGUGAAAUUCUGCAAGAUUCAGCUUGCUCCAAAUUGAGAGACCCGUCUUCCUGCCUGUCCUGGAGAGAGGGCUCGUUCCUUGCCUCAAUGUCUCAGUCCCAGUCUUCCCAGACGAGUGACAUCCUCAGCCAGGAUGUCUUCAACCAGCUGUUGGAAAUGCUGGACCAGUCCGCCUUCCACUCCGUCCAGCCCAUCGAGCUCAACUUCUCCGACGGCCCGACGGAUGGCUCCGCGGGCAACACCAUUCAGAUCAGCAUGGACUGCAUCACCAUGCGCGGGCCCGAUGACCCCUUCGCUUCUCAGUACACAAACCUGGGGCUCCUCAACAGCAUGGACCAGCAGAUACAAAAUGGCGGCUCCUCCUCCACGAGCCCCUACAACAACGACCACGCCCAGAACAGCGUGACGGCCCCGUCGCCCUACGCUCAGCCCAGCUCCACCUUCGACGCCCUCUCCCCGUCGCCCGCCAUCCCCUCCAACACCGAUUACGCCGGGCCGCACACCUUCGACGUGUCCUUCCAACAGUCCAGCACUGCCAAGUCUGCAACAUGGACGUAUUCCACGGAGUUGAAGAAGUUAUAUUGCCAGAUCGCCAAGACGUGUCCCAUUCAAAUCAAGGUCCUGACCAACCCGCCCCAAGGCGCCGUCAUCCGGGCCAUGCCCGUGUACAAAAAGGCCGAGCACGUGACCGAGGUGGUCAAGCGCUGCCCCAACCACGAGCUGAGUCGAGAGUUCAACGACGGUCAGACGGCUCCACCCAGCCACCUGAUUCGGGUGGAGGGGAACAGCCACGCCCAGUACAUGGAGGACUCGAUAACGGGACGCCAGAGCGUGCUGGUGCCAUACGAGCCGCCCCAGGUUGGCACCGAGUUCACCACCAUCCUGUACAACUUCAUGUGCAACUCCAGCUGCGUCGGGGGCAUGAACCGGCGCCCCAUCCUCAUCAUCGUCACGCUGGAGAGCAGAGACGGUCAGGUCCUGGGACGCCGCUGCUUCGAGGCCCGGAUCUGCGCCUGCCCCGGAAGGGACCGGAAGGCGGACGAGGACAGCAUCCGCAAGCAGCACGUGACCGAGGGGACAAAGAGCAGUGAGGGUACGAAGCGCCCUUUCCGCCAGGCGUCGCACGGCAUCCAGAUGUCCUCCAUCAAGAAGAGAAGAUCCACGGACGAGGAAGUGUUUUGUCUGCCUAUUAAAGGCCGUGAAAUCUAUGAGAUUUUGGUGAAAAUUAAAGAGUCACUGGAGCUCAUGCAGUUUCUGCCCCAGCACACUAUCGAGUCAUACAGACAGCAGCAACAGAAUCUGGUCCAGAAACAAUGGGAUGUCUGGGACGAUCAGAGUAACGGCAUGUGUGCUUUUCCGUGCCCCAGGAGUCCCAUGUCCUCUCAGCCGGGCUUCGGCUCCAGCUCCCCCCCCCACAGUAAGGUGAACAAACUCCCCUCAGUGAGCCAGCUCAUCAACCCCCAGCAGCGCAACUCCCUCACCCCCUCCAGCAUGUCUGGAGGCCUGACUGACAUGACUCCGAUGAUGGGCACCCACAUCCCCAUGGGUGGCGAUAUGAGCACGCUCAGCCCCACCCACGCCCUGCAGACACAGUUACCCAUGGUGCCCUCCUCCCACUGCACGCCCCCGCCACCCUACCCUAUGGACAGCAGUAUCUCCAGUUUCCUGUUGAGGCUGGGCUGCUCAGCCUGCCUGGAUUACUUCACAGCUCAAGGCCUGACCAAUAUCUACCAGAUUGAGAAUUAUAACAUGGAGGACCUGUCCAGGCUGAAGAUCCCCAGCGAGUUCCAGGCCGUCAUCUGGAAGGGGAUCCUGGAGCACCGGCAGACCAUGGAGUUCUCGCCCCCGCCGCACAUCCUGCGGGCCACCAGCGGCUCGUCCACGGUGAGCGUGGGCUCCUCGGAGGCGCGGGGCGAGCGCGUCAUCGACGCCGUGCGCUUCACGCUCCGCCAGACCAUCUCCUUCCCCCCGCGCGACGACUGGAGCGACUUCUCCUUCGACAUGGACUCCCGCCGCAACAAGCAGCAGCGCAUCAAGGAGGAGGGAGAGUGAGGAUGACCCCCCCGCCCCUUCAUCGCCCC